AUGUUGGCUUCGAUGCACAUGGAGUCUGGUCCGAUUGUGCACCUCGCGGCACAUGCUGUCAACAUCACGCAGCUGCCAGCUUGCGCUUGGUCGUGUGUUGCCGCAAGAUGCGAUCUCACCAACGUGGCUUGCAUCUGCCAGAACGAGGGAUACCGCUCCGCCAUGGGCGCCUGCAUGUUUCAAGCGUGCGGAUUGUCAAACGCGCUCUUGUCCAAGAACUUGACGUCGACGUUGUGCAACGAACCCGUCCGAGACAACGGCCUCGUCUUCACCGUCGUCAACUUCCUGCUGGGCAGCCUGGCCUUUGGGCUCGUCAUGAUGCGCCUCUUCUUCAAGCAGUACCUGAGUGCCAGCAGGAGGCUCGGCCUAGACGACUGGACGAUCCUCGCUGCCCUCGUGCUCGGAAUACCCAGCGUCGUGAUCCAAGUCUUCUUUCUGGCCCCCAACGGCCUGGGCAGGGAUAUUUGGACGCUGGACAUGGCCACGCUGCUCGAGUUCGGGCGCUACUUCUACGUCAUGGAGAUUCUGUACCUGACGCUCAUCACGCUCGUCAAGGUGUCGCUGUCCCUGUUCUACCUGAGCAUAUUCCCGGGGAACGUGAUCCGCCGCCUGCUCUGGGUGACGGUGGCGUUCCACGUCGCCUCCGGGCUGGCCUUUGUCCUGAAAACGGUGCUCCAAUGCACACCGGUGGAGUACAACUGGGAGAGGUUUCGCGACGAUCCGCCGAGGAUGGGACGCUGCGUCGACAUGAACGCGUCGGGAUGGGUCAAUGGCGUUGUGGGCGUCGUCGCCGACAUUUGGCUGUUUGCGCUGCCGCUCACGCAGCUGAGGAAACUCAGACUGCAUUGGAAGAAGAAGGUCGGCGCGGCCAUCAUGUUUCUGACAGGAGCCAUCGUAACCAUCGUGUCCAUGCUCCGGCUCAAGUCGCUCGUUUACUUUGGAAACUCGUACAAUCCGACCUGGGAUCAGUGGAGCGUCGUCUUUUGGUCGACGAUUGAGGUGUCGGUCGCCUUUAUAUGCGCGUGUAUGCCUGCGUUGCGCCUGGUGCUCGUGCGCAUGUAUCCUCGGACCUUUCGGUCGGAUUCUCCCGUCACGUCGUGGUGUUGUGUGUCGAGGAACGCCUGCAGGUGCAGCAGCAGCAGGUCACGUGUUGCAGGCCAAGGCAGCGCAAGCAACCUGGCCGGCUUGUCUCGAUCAAAGCUGUUGCCGGACCAAGAAGGCGAGCUGGGAGCCUGGGAUGGCAAGGUCCGCAUACGGCCUCUGCAAGCGUUGCCCGCCGGCGAGGAUGGCACCGUCGAGCCAGCGGCGACAUUCCAGACGUCUACCUACCGAGCGGCCGCGCGGAUGGAGUUUGGAGACGGAGAAAAGGCCAGCACGGGUUGA